UACAAAACGAUGGAAAUCAUUAAGAAUUUCUGAUGAUGAACAUACACCUGGUCAUGUCGAAUACUUUUGUCAAGUUUAUUCUUUAAUCAAUGAUUUUCCUCAAUUACAAUCAUUAGUCAUUUCAAAUUUAGACAUUCGAAAGACAUGCAUUAUUUUAUCUCAACUUUCAUCUUUAAAAACUCUUGUUUCGUUAAUAAUUAAAUCUCUAUGUGGUGAAACAAUGCCUCAACUUGAUCUUCCAAAUCUGAAAAAACUUGUUUUUGGUGCCUGUUCUCAUAUUGAUUGGAUAAACAAUUUUUCUCAACCUGAAAGUGUUGAAUAUACAAUAGAAAAUUGUCAUUGGUUUAGAAACGAUUUAUCAUGGCCAUCAACAUUAAGACAUCUUAAAGUUAUCUUUGAUUAUGAAGGAUGUUGGAAUUUUAUACAACGUUCACUUGUUCAUUUAUCAUUAUUAAAUACUCUUGAAAUAUAUCAAAGACAAAGAGCAAGCAUACCUCCUAAUGGUCAAAUAUGGGAACCCUUGAUUUGUUCAUCCCUUCCAUUAUUAAAAAUCUUCAAAUUUUAUUUCAACUUUGAAUAUUCAUUGCAAUCAUCUUAUCAAAUGGAUGAAGCCAUAGUAUCAUUUUCCACACCGUUCUAUACACUGGAAAAGAAAUGGUUUAUUCGUUGUGAUAUAUCUGAUCGUGGUCGUGCACUUCUCUAUUCAUUACCAUUUCCUUUCGAAACUUAUACAGCUUUGCAAGGUACUAACAUCAAAACUGUUCCAACUUUAUUAAGUCCUAUAUAA